UUGCGUGUGUGUGUGUGUGUGUGUGUGAGAGAGAGAGAGAUGCUCAGUCUGUGUAAUUAUUUGUGCAGUGCCCAGUUUCUCUGAUAUUCUCACGCCGCACUGCUCCUGGAAGAACACGGCCGACAUGUUACCUCACGCUUUGCUUCUGAUCCUCCUCACCCUGCGGGCGACUGGUGCCCAGGACCCAGAGCCCAUGAGUGCAGAUGCCCCUGAGCCAACCCCGAUGGCCAACACCACAGAGGCUGAUGAAGAGGACUCAGAUUGGGGCCUAAACUCCCUCCGUGGCAGCUUUGAGGCUGUCAAUGGCUACUUUGACUCCAUGCUGGAACUCCUGGGAGGCCGCAAUGGCGUAUGUCAGUAUCGCUGUAAAUACGGAAAGGCUCCUCUUCCUCGCCCUGACUUUAAAACUCCAGAACCCAAUGGCUGCAGCUCCUACUUCCUGGGACUGCCUGUUCCUGAGGGAGUUGAUAUGGGAAUCCCGGCCAUGACAAAGUGUUGUAACCAGCUGGACAUGUGCUACGACACGUGUGGCUCCAAUAAGUAUCGCUGUGACUCCAAGUUUCGCUGGUGUUUACAUGGAAUCUGUUCUGACCUCAAGAAGAGUCUUGGCUUUGUAUCAAGAGUCGAAGCAUGUGAAACGGUGGCUGACACCCUGUUUAACACAGUUUGGACUUUGGGCUGCAGGCCUUUCAUGAACAGCCAGAGGGCAGCAUGUGUCUGUGAAGGAGAGGAGCGAGACGAGCUUUAGAGAAUCUACCUCCUGUGCAGUACUACAACACAACAAUAUGCAACACAUCACAACAUGAUUCAAUGCUACAUUACUACAUGACACAAUGCAUUAGUAAAGGACUCUGAAUAGAACAUUGCAAGACAUUAUAACAUACUACACAACACAGCAUAACACAAAAGUGCAAUGUAAUGUCACACAAUGUAGCGUGACGCCAAGUGUAACACAACGUAACUCCGGUCAGAUAAAUCUCUUCAACACCACGUAACAUAAUAGAAUGCAUUAGCACAUAACACUGUAAUGUAACACAUCACUGCACAAAACAUGGAGCACAACGCUAACACCACACUAUCCUCACACAUACACAUAAAAACUCACUGUGUCAACCAUGAGAAAUGAAAUUUCCUAAUGAUAAUGUAUAUUGCUGUAGCAAUAUAAUUUAAGCUACAAUAUAAUUACGAGAUGUAUACAUCAUGCACAAAGUAAAUAUAACUAAUUCUAUUUGCA